AGCCGUUUUGGCUCAUUUUUCAGCGUCUUCGGCUCCGCGCCGGCCUAGCACGAGGCGCUGCAGAGUCGCCAAUGCCAUGGAUCGGCGAGUGCUGUCCGUUGAACACGGGGCGUCGCUCCCCGAUGCCGAGGCGGCCCGCAGCUUGCUGGACCGCGUGCGGCGCAACGCCGAGGCAGUGCUGCAGGCCCGAGGUUGGCGCGUUGGCGCGCUGGUGGAAUUGUGCUGCUGCAAGCUCGCGCCUGAGACCAGCCGGGGUGGUGUUGCGGGGUGGUGCAUGCCCGAGGGCGACAGCGCCACGGCGAAGCGCAUCGCGCUGCGGCUCCGGAGCCCGAAAGGCGAAGGUCAUGGCCUCCUGGACUUCGAGUGCGUCUUCGACACCAUGCUGCACGAGAUAGCGCACAUCGUGCACUCGAGGCACACCGCAGGGUUCUACCAGCUCUGGGACGAGCUCCGCGCCGAGUGGGGGAGGCUGGCCCUUGCCGGGCGCGUGCUGGACGAGGGGGGCUUCCCGACCGUCGGCGGCCAGCGCACGGGGGAGGGCACCCACAACCCCCCAAGCGUGGCGGCUGGUCGGGCCAGGGCGCUGGCAGCAGCGGAGGCGCGGGCCAAGGUCUCCGCGCUGAUGGGCUCGGGGCGCCUCGGCGGCGCCGCGGGGUGGGAGGCGCUGGCGCCGCGCGAGCGCGCGGCGCUGGCGGCGGAGCGCCGCCUCGCCGACCAGGCGCGCGGGCUCGGGGACGACGAGCUGCCAGAGGCCCAGGAGGCGCCGCCCGCGGCGGCGCAGCCGCCCGCGGCGGCCGCCACCGCGCGCGCGGGGGGGGUGCGCUUCAGCGGCUGCGAGGGCGCUGUGGCCCUGGAGGCGGAGGGCGGGGGCGGCGCGGAGCUGCGCCGAGCCCUGGAGCUGUCCAGGGCUUCCGCGGAGGAGGAGGAGAGGGACGUCCUGCGGGCUGUCUUGGCAGCCUCGCUGGCAGCGGUGCAGCGGCCCACGGAGGUGGUCGUCCUCAGCGACGGGGAG